UGCCAACUGUGAUGCCUUAAUGGCAGUUCAUUUGAACUGCCAUGGCUUUUGCGUCCCGUGUGAUCCUCCGUAAUGCCUCGGCAUUCUGGGUUUGUUCCGCUACUAUCAUGGCACCGGGCAAACCAAUUGGUGUGAUAAAAGUUCAAGUUCCGAGACACAAUGCACAAAGGAUGGGAGCAAAGCUCACAGCGGAAGUAGAAGCACAGGCUGAUUCUGCAGGAAUCCGAACGGAUGUUGGCCAAUCAAGCCAUGAAAUGACCCAGGCAAUUGUUCGUCAAUUCCUGGCUUCUUCUUCUCAACUUAACUGAAAGACUUCCGUAGGAAAGUGCAUCUGAAUGGAACUCCCUGUUAUUGACUGCCAGAGCUAGUCGAGGGCCUCAUUGGGAUGUCGGUACACAACAAUUUCACGUAGAAGAAUACUCGG